CUGGCCGCUGCCGCCGCCGCCGCCCGCGAGGCGGACCACGGUGACCAGACAGACAGCGAGGGGGACGAGGCCAAGGAGAAGGAGAAGGAGGACUCGGACUCGGAGACCGAGGAGCAGCUCAGCGAGGCAGCAGACCUGGCGCACCCACAGGGCCUCCUGGGCAGCGCGGUGCACACCCUGCAGAAGGCUGUCCAGGGCACCAUCUCGGCCAUGCUAUGGGCGCCCACCACUGUGCUGGGCACGGCAGGGAGGAUGCUGCACCUCACGUCGGCCCCCGCUGCCACCUCGACCAAGAGCAGGGCCAUGUCGCUGUCAGACGCCCUGAAGGGGGUCACAGACAACGUGGUGGACACGGUGGUGCACUACGUGCCGCUCCCCAGGUUGUCCCUGAUGGAGCCCGAGAGCGAAUUCCGGGAAAUCGAGGAGUUGAAGCCGAGUAAGAACCUCCGCGCCCGAGAGAGCGUGGACUUCUUCAAAGCAGCCCCUGGCACCGGAGCCCCGCACCCCAUCUUUUGA